GAAUGUUUGAAGAAAUGAAAGCAAAAUAAUGACUCAGGCGACAUACAAAAGGGAAUUUACACAGUAAUCGACUUUAUAACCAUUGAAUCAGCCAGUUUAUUUCAAAGACAAGAAGAGGCCAAAGGAACAUAGACUACACAAUGGAAUGACUCCCGUGGUCUAUGCUGACCGAAUCUGGAAUGGAGCUUGUUGACAGACUUGAGUGUGACGUGGGAUACUGAGGUUAACCGCACCAUGGCCCACUUUGACACCGAGUACCAGCGUUUGGAGGCAUCUUACAGCGACUCUCCACCCGGAGAGGAGAAUCUACUCGUCCACGUGCCAGAGGGAUCUAAACCUCAAUGGCAUCACAUAGAGAACUUGGACCUUUUCUUCCAGCGAGCCUAUAAUAUGCAUCAGAAGAAUGGAUUGACCUGUAUGCUGCUGGGGGAGAUAUUUGAGCUUGUCCAACUGGUCUUCGUGGUGGCGUUCACUGUGUUUCUGGCAAACUGUGUGGAUUAUGACAUCCUGUUUGCCAACAAAUUUGUGAUUCACACUAACUCUUCAAAGGUGACACUUCCGGAUGCUUUCCUACCUAUGGAAGUGUGCAGUGCUCGUAUCCGUAACAAUGUGUUUGUUAUCUUCAUCUUGGUGAUCUCUGGAGUUUUCUGGCUUCACCGCCUUGUCAAAUUCAUCUACAACAUCUGCUGUUACUGGGAGAUCCGAUCUUUCUACAUCAAUGCUCUCAAAGUUUCAAUGGCAGAUCUCCCUUAUUUCACAUGGCAGGAGGUGCAGGCGCGUAUCAUUGAGAUCCAGAAAGAGCAUCAGAUAUGCAUUCACAAAAAAGAGCUGACUGAACUGGACAUCUACCACCGCAUACUACGUUUCAAAAACUACAUGGUAGCCAUGGUCAACAAAUCCCUUCUCCCUAUUCGCUUCAGCCUUCCUAUGCUAGGUGACACUGUCUUCUACACACGUGGACUGAAGUACAACUUUGAGCUCAUUUUCUUUUGGGGUCCAGGCUCCCUCUUUGAAAACGAAUGGAGCUUGAAGUCCGAGUACAAGCGUGGAGGGAACCGUUUAGAACUGGCGGACCGGUUAAGCUCAAGGAUCUUGUGGAUCGGAAUCGCCAACUUACUCCUUUGUCCCGUGAUCUUGAUCUGGCAGAUCCUCUAUGCGUUCUUCAGCUACACAGAAGUCAUUAAACGGGAACCGGGAAGCCUGGGUGCCCGGUGCUGGUCUUUGUACGGCCGUUGCUACCUGCGCCAUUUCAAUGAACUGGACCAUGAACUGAUGUCUCGUCUCAGCAAGGGCUACAAGGCCUCCUCAAAGUACAUGAAUUGCUUCAUGUCGCCGCUGCUUACGGUGGUGGCCAAGAACGUUGCGUUCUUCGCCGGCUCCAUCCUCGCUGUGCUCAUCACUCUAACUGUUUAUGAUGAGGAUGUCCUGGCCGUAGAACAUGUCCUCAGCAGUAUUACCCUGCUUGGAGUCUGCAUCACAAUCUGCAGAUCAUUUAUUCCAGAUAAGCAUAUGGUGUUCUGCCCGGAGCAGCUCCUGAAGGUGAUCCUAGCCCAUAUCCAUUACAUGCCUGACCAUUGGCAGGGGAACGCACACCGUUAUGAGACCAGAGAUGAGUUCGCCCAGCUCUUCCAGUACAAAGCUGUGUUUAUUCUGGAGGAACUGCUAAGUCCUGUCAUUACUCCUUUCAUCCUUAUCUUCUGUCUUCGCCGUAAAUCGCUUGAGAUUAUCGAUUUCUUCAGGAACUUCACCGUGGAGGUGGUGGGGGUCGGGGACACCUGUUCCUUUGCACAGAUGGACGUCCGUCAGCAUGGACAUCCCGCGUGGAUGUCUGCAGGGAAGACUGAGGCAUCCAUCUACCAGCAGGCUGAAGACGGGAAAACGGAGUUGUCCCUCAUGCAUUUUGCCAUCACUAACCCUCACUGGCAGCCUCCACGUGAGAGCACACACUUUAUCAGCCAGCUUAAGGAAAAAGUGCACCGUGAGGCCGCCGCUGGACAAUUGGGAGCGACGUCGGAAAACCUUGCCUUCACGUCCACGCAGUCACUGCAAUCUGAGUCAGAGCCUCGCAGUCUGAUUGCCAACCUUUUGGCUGGACCACCCUCCCUGGCCUCUCUCCACCUCGGACGGGACGGGUCCAUCGGCAUGAACGAGGGAGCAUCUGCCUUACGAUCCCUCUCGCCCCUGAGCGCCAGCCUGAACCUGCGGGGCAGCUACGCCUCUGCUCGGGUGCCCAGACCAGACCACCCCGCUGUGGCCGCAGGCCGAGCUAUGGCAGGAUCAGGCACCGAUGCCCGCACUGUUAGCUCUGGCAGUAGUGCUUGGGAAGGUCAGCUGACUAGCAUGGUCCUCUCUGAAUAUGCCUCCACAGAGAUGAGCAUUCAUGCCCUCUAUAUGCAUGAGCUUCAUAAGCAGCAGUCGCGCAGGGAGGUGUCUCGACACACGUGGCACAGGCAGGAGAGUGACGAGAGCAGCGAGAGCGUCCACGAUGACCCAGAGGCGUCUCACAAUCUGCCGCGUUCCAACACCUUCCCCUUUGGUGGUACGCCAAACCAGGAGGGGGCAGCACUGCAGAUGAGCGGCCAACGCCGCUAUGGGGGCACAACAGAGUCGCUGUGUGGGAGCUCUCGAAUCCAGAGGACGCCCAGGGUUCCCAUGGGGGGCUGGACAGAGGAGACCCAGACGGGCCGACACCACGAGCCAGUUCCAGAGGAGGGCUCAGAUGACGAACUACCACCACACAUUCAUAAGGUCACAUAACACUAAUGCCAUCAGAGCUGUGUUCAGAAGGGACUUUUGCAGGCAACCAACUACUGACAUUCUUCUUAUGAACUUUAAUCACAAAAAAUGUUAUAUUUAUUGGACCUGAGUGCAAGUCCAGAACUCAUUAUGCUGACAUUUCUUCAUGAUAUUUUCAGUUAGUUUUAUGACAUUUACUAUGGAUCUCAAGUGGACAUCCCAGUGCUACUUAUGGGUACUACUUUAAAAGAGCAUAAUCCGACAGAUUAUUCAUCAUCCCCAUCAUUAAUAGUAAAAUAAAAUAGUAAUUCCAUACACAAACAGUAAUUCCACAUGCAGAGACAUUGGGGGAGGGUUGGGGACAAAACAGAAUGUUCCCGGAAACGAAGGGAAUUAAGUAUUAUUAAGUAUUUAGUGAUCAGCGUACUGCAUUGGGAAAGAAAUUUAGGGAACGCAGAAGGACGAAAGACCAAGACGUUUCGUUAAUCAGCUCAUAUCGUGUUAUACGAUUCAGGUGAUUUUUUUAAUACAAAGGUAAGCCAAGUCGAAAACAUGGUGAUUGAAAAAUAAAAUUGUAGAAACUAGAGAAGACUGG